AUGGUGUUUCCAGAUAUUUUGGCUGAUAUUGUCGACGACGCACUACCAUCUGAAGUGGUGGUGCCCUCUCGAGCCAAGAACCAAUCUACUUUUCCAAUUGAACCAUCUCUGGCGGCUAGGGCAAAAUCCAAGUCUGUUUCAUCUUCUUCCAAAGCUGCUGCUGCUGGGUUACUCAAGUUGCCCAUGAAGCCGAGCCGGUCUAAGAAGAACACUUUGGCUCCAAAAAGAAAGUUGGUGUUGGGCUCUUCUUCAUCCCCCUUGAUUGCUGCCAAGAAAAGAUUGAAGGCUCAUCCCCCUUCUCCAUAUUCCUCUGAAUCUGAACCUGAGGAAGAGAAAUUUGAGUAUGAAGAAGUCCAUGAUACCACCAUAUCUAAUGAAUUUGUUCCUAACAAUGCUGAAUUAGAGGUCGAGUUUGGUGAGCCAGAACAAGAAGACGUUGUCCCUACUGAACAAGAAGACGAAUCUGACACAGAGCCAGUUGCAACUCCAUUGUCGUCCAAGGCUAAAGGCAAGAGACCUAUCUCUGAUUCUGCACCAUCUCAAGGACUCUCAAGUGUUAAUUUCAAACCUCAUUCUCCUACUUUUUGUCAUAAUGACAAUGCUCGUGAUAUGGUUCUCUAUGCUCAAAGGAAAUUUCUCAUUGAGAAAAAUUAUGUCUUGAGUGAUCAUCGUCCUUAUGGUGUGCUAACUAUGCUUCAAGAUCGAAAAUGGACAGGUUCUUUGGUUAAAUUUACUGGUUUUGUGGAUAGAAUAGUCAAGGAAUUCUAUGCAAAUAUUACUGAGGAAAUUAUUGAACCUAAACCUCCUUUGUAUUGUAAAGUGUAUGUUAGGGGUCAUUGGUUCUCUUUUUCUCCACAAGAUAUUGCAAAGACUUUGCAUCUUCCUCUUGAUGUUGAGGAUGAUGAUGAUCUUGACUCUCUUGACAAGGAUGAGGUCAUCACUGAACUAGUGGGACAAAAAAUGGUAUGGCCACCUAAUACAGUCAUCUCGGUUACCAAUCUCACCUACACUUAUGCUGUUCUUCAUAAGUUUGCUACAACGAAUUGGAAACCGACUUCUCAUACUACGACUAUCUCAUUUGACAUGGCUUCCUUUUUGUACAAAGUGGGGAUCGAAAUUGGUGUAGACUUGGCUAUGUUUAUCUAUGAUCAAAUCAUCGGAUUUCGAAAGAAAGCCAAGCCUCAAUCCCUAAAUUUUUCCUCGGAUGACAUUCCUCCUAAAUCCUCAUCUGUUCCCAUAGAUUCAGGAACUGUUGCUGCAGAACUAGCUGCUGUUCGAGCCUCUCUUGAUUCCUUGACUGCUCGAGUGAUGACAUUUGAAGGACUGCAACGUUUUGUUUUGGAUGCUGUUAAAGCUUUGUCCAAGGAUCCAACAGUUUAG